AUGGCGACUGGCGUGAAGUUUUAUAACGUUGAAUUAAACGAUUUUAUUGCAAGAAAACAGACAACUCACCCCGAGUUGUCUGCAGAAUGGCUUAGAUUAGAAGAACUUUACAACAAAAAAUUAUGGCACCAGCUUACCCUGAAGAUCCAGGAGCUGGUGGAGAAGCCCACCAUGCAGACUGGAGACAACCUGAUCACUUUAUACGCCAAUUUUGUUAGUUAUUUUGAAAAUAAAAUAAACCCACUCUCCCUGGUGGAGAUUAUAGCUCAUGUGGUAAAGCAGUACACCAAUAAGAAGGAAGCCAUCGCCUUCCUCGAGAAAAUCGAGGGCAAAGUCAAGGCUAACGAUGAAGCACUCGCACUCUGCAAGGUCCUCCAAGGCCAGAUAUACCUGGAACAGCUGAAUGACUUGGACGCCACGGAGAAGAUCAUUGAACAGCUGGAGGGCAGCCUCGAGGAUGCUGACGGUGUCACUCCAGUGCACGGCAGAUUUUACAAGCUCGCUUCUGAGUAUUACAGAGUCCGAGGUCCGAUGGCGAAGUACUACCGCUCAGCGCUGCGCUACGUGGGCUGCGCGGGCGGGGGCGCGGGCCUGGCGCCCGAGGAGCGCCGCGCCACCGCGCUCAGACUCGCGCUCGCCGCCGUCAUCGCACCAAACGUUUAUGAUCUUGGGGAGUUGCUAGCCCACCCAAUCCUGGAAUCCCUGCAAGGCACUCCGGACGCGUGGGCCUGCGAGCUGGUGAAGGCGGUGGCCUCCGGAGACGUCGCACUCUUUGAGAAGGUCCGCGCGUCGGCCCACCAUCCUGAUCUAGCGCGCACUGAUAGACAACUGAGGCAGAAGAUCGCUAUCUUGUGUUUGAUGGAGAUGGCUUUCAACCGCACGUCAGCUCAGCGCAAGUUGACAUUCGCAGAGAUUGCCCGCGAGGCCAGGGUGCCCAUUGAUGAAGUGGAACUGCUGGUCAUGAAGGCGCUCGCCGAGAAACUCAUCAGGGGGCACAUUGAUCAGGUGAACAGUACAGCGCACAUAGGCUGGGUCCGCCCGCGCGCGCUGCCCCGCGCGGGCGCGGCGGCGCUGGCCGGCCGCCUGGACGCCUGGUGUGUGGCCGUGGCCGGGGCCGCCGACCUGCUGGCCGGCGCCGCGCCGGACCUGCUCACUGCAUAG